CUCCUCCCAAACAAACCCUAUUCUUGUAUCUCCUCAAAAUCGAUUUCUCCAACCAAAAAUCAAAUCUUUAUCUUUGAUUGAUGGAAGAAGACUAUGCCGAAGACGCUCAUAUCUUCGGCGAUGGUGGUGAGGAGGAGCUCUCCGUGCCGAGAGGUGGGCCCCUCUACGUUGAGAAUCUCACCGGCCCUCUCACCAGUGUCCCUCUCUUCCUGUCUUCAAUCCUCCAAGAGCUUCAGGAUUUGGAGGUGGAAUUGGCUUCAGGUUCAUCCCGGGUUUUCGACGAGGAAGAUAUCUCGGUGGAUGAGCUUAGGAUCAUGACUGACGAAGAGUUGGUGGAAAUGGCUAUUAAGGAAGUCUUGAAGGAUGAUGAAUGUGUUUCCAAUCCAUCUUCUGUUCCAGAGGAGCCCUCCGGUGAAAGGAUAGCAGAAGAUCCUCAGACAUCAGAUCAUAAAACUUGUAAUGAGCAAUCAAGAAAAAAAGGAAUGAAGGAUAAUGAAGAUUCUUCCAAACUUCCAUCUAUUCCAGAGGAACCCUCUUAUGAAAGGGGAAGCGACAAUCCUGAGACAUCAGAUGUAAAAUAUUAUAAAACGUAUUCAAGGAGAAGGAGACGAAUAUUGAAGGACGAUGAAGAUGCUCUGAAUGCUUUGCCAAUAUCAGAAAAGCCCUUCAAGGAAAGGACAGCAGAUAAUCCUUAUAAAUCAAGUAUUGUGUCAUGCAAAGGAAAAGAAGUGAAGGACAAUAAUUUUGCUAUUAAGGAUGAUGAAGAUGCCCCAAAUCUUUUGUCUAUUCCAGAAGAGCCCUCUAAUGAAAGGAGAUCGGAUGAUCCUGACACGUCAUCUCUUAGUGUAAGGAAAUCAAGGAAAAGAAAAGGUAUGAAGGCAAAUAGUCACGCUAUUGAGAGAAAUGAUAGGGAGAAGAAGGCUUUUUGGUCACAAAUUGAGAAGAAGGUUGAGUACAUCAAAAAAAUUAAAGAAAAGCAGGAUGAGGAUAAAGCAGCGGUGACACUGCAUUCAUUCAACCGUAGUGUGAAAAUUAAGGGCCGUGCCAGUGCAUCCUCGGGGAAAGUUGAAAGGAUGAAACCCCUCAGAUCUGCCAGUUCAGCAGUUAAGGUAAAGUUAUCCAGCAUUCAGGGUUGCAUGCCUGUACACCAUCCAGAAGUUGCUCUUUCAAUUGAGGUUUAUCAUAAUGUGCGAAGCUGGGUCAAGACCCAAGAAUUCUUGGUCCUAGGACAACAAACCUUGACGGAGUUGAGGGAUAAGAUAUAUUGUUCAACAGACAAGGUGAUGGAAAAAGAUGGCCAGCACAAUCGUUCAGGAUAUUUCCUCAUAGAAGAUACAUUCUACAAUGAUCUGAGGGAUCCUUCUGCAAUAGAUUAUAGUGAAUCUGUAUUUGAUUGGCUUAGAAAUUCCAGAGAUGAUGCUUUAAAAAAAUGGGAGUGUAUUUUAGCUGGAAAAAUGCAAAAGAAGGAAAAAGCAGUUGUAGGCGACAUAACUGGCUCAAAAUUGCCUCGCUUCCAAGCUGCUGACAUGCACAAGACACAGUUUUGCGACUUGAAGUUUCAAGUUGGUGCUGGAUAUCUUUACUGUCACCAGGGUGACUGCAGACACACAAUUGUGAUUAGAGAUAUGAGGUUGCUUCAUCCAGAGGAUAUACAAAACAGGGCAGUUUAUCCAAUACUCUUAUUCCAAGUGAAGCUACAGGAACAGAAAUGUAAAGUGUGUAGGAUAUAUAGAGCUACAAAGAUGACUGUCAAUGACAAAUGGGCUCCAGAGAAUCCCUGCUACUUUUGUGAUAAUUGCUACUUCCUUCUUCACUAUACGAAAGAUGGAUCCCUGCAGUAUCAGGACUUCGAGGUGCAUGAUUAUCACCAUGAUCAACCACAUUGAUAUUCUUGUAGAAUUUUCCCUAACCCAUAUUGAUAAAUCAUAGUUUCUCGCUGUUGUGGAAAAUGUUUCAUAAUAGUGUUAUCAUCAUCAAGCAAUUCCAAAGAAUGGCUGGAUGAGAACCAUGGAUCCUCAGUUUUCAGCUAAUUAGUCAUUACUUUAUGUUAGACUCAGAUUCUUAAAAUCACAUUGUACAGUUGGUCUAUUAAGACUGAGGAUGUCACAAAAAGCAUCCUUGGAUGUAAUAUGUAAUAUGAUAACCAUUACUGCUAAUUUUCUAAGAGUCCAC